GCAUGCGCAGUUAAGAAUGGUUUAAAACUACUACGACUGCUGGAGUUGUCGCGUCGUGUGGUGUGAAAACAGAAGUAAACUCGACGGAUUUUACCCAACAGAAUCACAAAUAUUCAUCCGGAUGGAAUCAUAAUUUUGUCAGUGGAAGACCAGAGAAACGGUACCACCUGCAACAAGAUGUUUCGGCGGGGCGCACAAGAUGAAAGACUCCGCCUGAAGCGCGUCAUCGAAGUAUGGAAUGCAAGUCGGUUGGAUCUGUUCGAAAUAACUGAACCAGAUGAGAACCUGGAAUUCUUCGGAGUGAUGCGCUUCUUCUACCAGGAGGAAGGUGACAAAGUGACAUCCAAAUGCAUUCGUGUUUCCAGCUCAGCCAACACAACAGAUGUCAUCAAUACAUUGAUAGAGAAAUUCCAUCCUGAUAUGCGCAUGCUGUCCAUUCCAGACUACAUACUGGUGGAAGUACAUGCCAAUGGCGAGGAACGUGUAGUCAAGAAGGAUGAGCACCCCCUGAAGGUGCAGUUAAACUGGAGUGAAGAUUUACGAGAAGGUCGCUUCUUGCUCAAGAUGACAACUGAUACCUCAAAGGUCAAUCUAUACGGUGGGGAUGCUCCUCCACAGCCAUUUAAGAGGAAGCUCUCCAAGAGGGAGAAGAAAGAACAGAAAAAGAAGGAUAAAGAAGCUAAACUCAAGAGCAAAAAUGAAACAGAGGAAAGCAAGGCGGAGAAGCUGUACCAGGACCUGUCUAAGUCUCGCUUCACUCGUACCAUCUCCAACCCGGAGAUGGUCAUGAAACGCCAACGUCAGAAGAAACUAGAGCAGAUGGAACGCUUCAAGAGUCGUCCGCAGUCAGGAGGAGCCUUGAAGAUCUAUGCCCACUCCUUGUUUCCUGAGGUGCCUUACAAGACCCUACUGGUAGAUGUGGACAGGUCAGCUGAUACCAUCGUCAAGGAAGCCUUGGAGAAGUUUGGCAGACCCAAGGAGAACCCACAGGACUUCUGUCUCGUCAAGGUUGUUGUACCACCCAAUGAGGAUCCUGCAGCAUAUAUUGAGAAGGGUGGAUGGGGUAAAGAACACAUCAUGGAUGAUGAUGAGUCCCCAUUGGAAGCUGUGAUCAGAUGGCCUGAAAGCAGAGGUGAAUUGAUUUUUGAGUUGAAACUGCGACCCUCUGACUACCAGCCACGUCUUAAGAAGAGACAGGGAAGGGACAACAUGCAUUCACCAAGACUACCGCCUGAGAGACUGCCGUACUUCCUGGAAUUGAAUGAAGAUGGGACAGACGUCAUUGACUACAAACCCAAGCGAUAUCGUCUGCAGGAGAAUGUGACUGAAGUGGGCAGUGAGCAUGAAGUGUCUAACACAGGACAGUAUCUGCAGUUAUUCUCGCCUGGUAUUCAGCCGCGUCACUGUGUAGUAGCCAAUAUGGAAGGUGUGGUCACCGUCACACCUACCAGCCCUGAAUCAGAGACCUAUGUCAACGGUCAUCGUAUCUAUGAGACUACCAUGCUGCAACACGGUGCUGUGGUUAGGUUUGGAAGGCAUCAUUGCUUCCGAUUCUGUGAUCCACAAGUUGAGGACCCGGAUUGGGCUAAGCGAGAGCAGAAGUCCAAUAACUUUGAGACAACCUUUGAUGUGGACGGUAAGAUAGAAACCAAUGCCGGCCAGAUGGAGAAGAGAAAUAAACCACCAGAGGUGCUGCCAGCUACUCUGGAAUUCAAGGAAGCAGGAGAGGACAAAUUCCUGAUUACCUUCAUACGGGAUGUCAACGGUGCUAACAUCUACUUCAAAUUGGCUCCUACCUACACUCUGUAUCUGGGAUGCCGCUUCAGGUUAUCCAAGCUGUAUCGACCUGAGAUGGGGCCUACUGAGCGUGCUCAGAGACUGACGGCAUUCCUGAACAAGACGGCUGAUCUGAUUGACCGCACUGUGGGGGACAAUCAUCAGAUUGCUGGUGUGCUGGCCUUCUGGUUAGCCAAUGCCUCUGAGUUCCUUCAUUUCAUCAAGGAAGAUCAAGAUCUGAGUAGCAUCUCUCAAGAUGCUCAAGACAUCUUGCAAGAAUGCAUCCAGCAAAUGUUCAGGCAUCUUGUUCGUAGCAUACAGCUGGAGAUGAACAUGACCUUAUCAGCAUUCUUAGAUCCUAGUGAAGAUGCUGAUGUAGAGAGAGAUAUGUCUACAGAUGAUGAUAAGAGUAAUGACAGUGGGCGUGGAGGUAGUAAGGAUAAUCCGCUGCGCAUCAGUGCACGUUGGUUGAAUCCACCCAACCGUGGCCCUGCACAGACCAGACCUAACAUUGGUGAUGUCGUUAACGUCUUUCACUCCGUUAUGACUCUCCUGCGCCGUUGUCGUGUCAACGCCGGUCUGACUAUUCAACUCUUCUCUCAACUCUUCCAUUUUGUGGGUGCUUGGAUCUUCAAUAAGCUGGUUGCUCAUCCACAGUUGCGUCUGUGUCAUCGGGAGUGUGCAUCCAUGCUGCUUCGUCGGCUGAGUCGCAUCAAUGCCUGGGCAGAGAAACAAGGACUUGAGCUGGCUGCUGAGGCACAUUUGACUAAGGUUACACAGGCUCUGCGAUUGAUGAUGGCACCUAAAGAUUCCAGGGAUGCUCUGAAUGCAGCCUGCUCACAGUGCUUCCAGCUCAACUCCAGACAGCUCAGGGCACUGCUGGAGAACUACAUCCCCUCACACAAUGAGAGACAAAUGCCCAGUGAUGCCAUCAUGAGAGUGGUAACCAUUGCGCAGAGCACCAAUGAUGAGCCAUCUAUCGAUGGCCGCCCGGUCCCCUUAGAGGAAGAUCCUGAGCUACGUCUGGCACUCAUCGUACCUGAGGAUGGCUACUCAUGUGAGAUAGUCAAAGGUGUACCUAAUGGGCUACAGGAGUUCAUUGAACCACUGCUGCGUGCAGGCCUGGCACGGUUGACUGUCAACCCAACGUCAUCAGGUGACUGGACAUUGUACUUGUAUGGUCGUAAUCCAAGUAUGGAGCAGGGACCACCUCAGCCUAUGCAGCCACAGCAACCUCCUCCAAUACAGAAGCAGCAGCAACAACAGCAGCAGCAGCAUCAACCACCACCACAGCAACAGCAACAAAAGCAACAGCAGCAGCAACAACCACCACCACAGCAACAACAAAAGCAACAACAGCAGCAAGUGCCUCCAAUGUCACCCAUCAUGGUUAAACCUCCGCCCCAAGUACGGGCCGAUGCUAAGGCACCUCCAGGCAAGGAACCUGACAUCUUCACCAUUCAAUUAAACAAAGGAGGAAGCAGGAUGGGUCUGAGUAUCAUAGCAGCUAAGGGUGUCAAUCAGGAGAAGAUUGGUGUGUAUGUCAAGGCGGUGGUACCAGGAGCUGCAGCACACAAGGACGGUCGUAUCAAGGCUGGAGAUCAGCUCCUUGAGGUAGAUGGGAACAGCCUGGUGGGCCUCAAUCAAGAACAAGCUGCUGUACAUCUGAUGAAGACAGGGCAGAUUGUAUCUCUCAAGAUAGCAGAGCAGGGAGCAAUCUUCCAUGGCUUGGCAGAAAUACUCAGCCAGCCAUCGCCUCCAAUGCAACGAGCCAACAAAGGAGCCCCACCGCCAGCCUCCCAGCAGCAACCAUCCACCCCAACCCAGCCCUCUCCUCAUCCACAGAUGAGACCAAAGAGUGAAGAGAUAUCACAGGCCAUGUCUCCCCCUCAGAUGGCUGAGCCUGUCGGUAGAUAUCCCGAUAGUAGAGAGUGGCCAGCGCAGCGUGAUGGCCCGACAGCUGCGCCAAGACUAGGCCGUUAUGAUAUGAGCAAGGCUGACUAUGCUAGAUCAUCACCCAAUCUCAGAGAGGAGCCCCGUCAACGUAUCCAGUCCGAUCGUGACUUGUAUGCCACAGUCAACAAAGAUCCCUACAGCAGAGCAGCAUCCAACACAAACCUCAGGGGUCAACUUCCAGCCAGCCAACAGAUGUACCAACGUUCCAAGUCAACAUCACACCUGGAUCCAGAGCCCGAGAUGCCAAAUCAUGAGCUGCCAAGGUCAGCCGUAUCUCAAGCUAAUGUCCGAGCGGCGCCACCAGGAGGUAUUCAAGUCAUGGGUGGCCCAAUUCCAGCACCUCGUCUGAAAGAUAUCCACACUGCAGAACCAAAAUCCAAAGAAGAAAUAGCUAGAGAAGAACAGGCAGAGAGGGCCAAAGAACAAAGGGAAAGACAGGAGAGAGCAAGACAAGAAAGACAGAAGGAGGAAGAGAGGCAACGGGAGGAGAGAGAAAGAGAGGAACGCAUCAGACAAGAAAGGCUGAAAGCACAGCAACUUCAGGAAGAAAGGUUGAAAGAAGAAAGACUGCGGGAAGAAAGAGCGAGAGAAGAAAGACUGCGGGAAGAAAGAGUGAGAGAAGAAAGACUGCGGGAAGAAAGAGCGAGAGAAGAAAGACUGCGGGAAGAAAGAGCGAGAGAAGAAAGAGCUAAAGCAGAACAAGCAAGAAUACAGCGAUUAAGGGAAGAAAGAGCCAAAGAAGAGAAGCAACGAGAAGAAAGGGCUAGAGAAGAGAGAUUAAGAGAAGAAAGACUGAGAGAGGAAAGGGCAAGAGAAGAAAGAGAAAAGAGACUUCAAGAAGAAAGACUUCGAACGGAAAGGGCAAGAGAAGAGAAACUGAAAGAGGAAAGAGCCAGGGAAGAAAGGGCCAAGGAAGAGCGACUGAAGGAGGAACGAGCAAGAGAAGAAAUGGCAAGGAUUGAAAGGUUGAGAGAAGAGAGAGCAAGAGGGGAACGAGCUCGGGAAGAUAGGAUGCGAGCAGAAAGAGAAAAAGAGAUGAGAGACAGGGAAGAGCAGCAGAGGAUCUAUCGCCAGAAUGAGUCCCGUCAACAACUCCCACCUAAUCAGUAUCAGCCAGGACCGAGGGAUCGUUAUGGCUCCAAUUAUCAGUACCCUCCAGAUCAGCCAAGAGAUUUUCAGUAUCAGGACCGACCUCAGCGUGGUUGGGAAGCCGACACAGAUGACAUGGGAAGACCUGCACCAGCUCCACGAACCUCAGUCUCUCAGGACAACAGGUAUAACCCACAGCAGAACUAUGCUCCUAUCAGUGCUCAACAUCAGCAGAUGUAUCAGAGUGCACCAUUUUACAGUAUGCCUGAUGGCCAGAGAAAUACCGAUACUCCCCCUCCUCCACCACCUCCUGAUGCAUAUGAUUCUAUGACCAAUGAUUUCCCACCACCCCCUGCUGAUCUUCCCCCGCCGCCUCCUGAGGCAGACUUCCAUCAAGAGCUUCCUCCCCCACCACCACUGACUAGUCAGCUAAGAGAUGGUAGUCAGCUAAGAGAUGGUAGUCAGUCCCUACCACCCGGGGCAAUGCAGAAAUAUCAACUGUGGCAUGAACAAGAGAAGAGACGUAUUCAAGAAGAGCACGAGCAACGGAUGAGAGAGAAACAGGCGUUAGUCAAUUCCCAGCGACAACUUUACAUGGAUACCAAACAGCAACAGGGACAAACACAGCAAGCAAAGCAGGACCGGCCAGCAUAUGCAUCGCUGCCAAGACAGGGACGUAUUAACAAACAAAGCUCAUUCAACAGCGACCAACAGCGACCUGAACUGCAGAGGCAAAACUCGGGUCCAAAACCUGUACCAAUACCAAGAGCUCCAGGCAGGAAGCCGUCUGAGGACGGACCAAGCAGGCCUAGAAGUGAGCAUUAUCCCUCUGCUGUACCACAGUCUCCACGACCACUCAGUCAGAAUUAUGAAUCACCAUCACAACAAAGACAGACUUCAGAUCCUAGAUAUCCAUCAAGUGGUGAGGAUAUGGGCUCAGCAGAUCCAGGAAAGUGGAGUGCAACUCUUGACACUCACACUUCAGACGAAGAUCUUAAAGGCCCAUCACCAUGGAAACGAGAAGAAAGGGAAAAGUGGGAGCAGUGGCAAGAGAAGCAAAAGAAGAUGAUGCGUGAGCAGGCCAUUGAUGAGUUGACAAGACAAGACAAUCUGACUGCACAACAACAGGAGAAGCUCAGGAAGCUGAGAAUGGAGCAAGAAUUCCAACGUCGUCUGGAAGAGUCUCGUCAAGAAAAUGAUGAAGAAGAAGCUGAAGGUGAAGAGGAAGCUGCCAGGCGACAAGAGCAGUUUGAGAUUGCCCAGGCUCAAGCCGAACAUCUCAUGCAACAAAUGGAAACUAGAGAACAGCAGCAACAAAUGGCAACUAGAGAACAGCAGCAACAAAGACUGGACAAGCUGUCUGGAGAACUGGCUAGGGAGAGGGCCAUACAGCAACAGGUCAUCAAGCAGCAAGAAGAAGAAUACUUCCAACGCAAGAGAGAACAUCGUCAGCUGAGACAAGCGGAACAAGACCAGUUCAUGAGACAGAUUGAUGGAGGGCCAGGAUUUCAGCGGCAGGAAGAAGAGAUGCAUCGACGACACACCAUGCAGAGGUUAGAGUACCAGAGGCGAGAAGCUGAAAUUGAGCAAGAACGACGUCGUAUUGAAGAACAGUUAUCAUUCAAGCCUAACAAUGCUCCGAUGGCUACACCACCUCACUACCAAUCCCAGUACAAUCCACCCCCGUCUAAUGACUCCAACGUGGUUCAUACUAAAGUCAACGUCAGUUAUGUCCCAGGUCCAGAAAAAACCUACUUGUCCCCGACCACGGAGAGAGCACCACCCCCAACAAAUAACCAACAUGCUCAGAAACCCCCUCCUCCUAUCAAACCUAAACCGCCAAUCGCUCCCAAGAAAUUUGCAUUCCAAGCUGGGAAAGCCAACGGACGUGGGCCUGCUUCUAACUAUGCUCCUGUAGGCCCUCUGCCUUAUUCUGCAAACACGUCAACAAUCAGUCAGAUUCCUAUGCAGGAUAACAGUGCCUAUGAGGCCGCCACAGAUUACAACCACACCCCAAACACCAACAACCAAUCUGGCACUUACCAGUAUGCCACCCCAGAAAACUCCCAGAAUCUGAAUACAUUUACGACUGGAGAUACGCCCGCUGUCAUCGGGGCUCAGGAGGUGUACCGUGAUCCACGGGAUCGACUCCUGGCUAGUAAGCAGAACAACAAGGAAGGCCCUACCACUGAGAAGUUGUCAUUCCGAGAUAAGAUGAAGAUGUUUACAGAAGACAGCCCCAUCAAGAAAACCAGAGCCUCAAAGUGGGAGAGAGAAUUCGUGGCGCAAAACCCGCAUCUGAAUAGCACUUAAUGGCAAAUACUCAACAACAUCGUGGAUUGAAAAAAGGGUUGUAAACCAUUAAGUUUGUACACACAUUGUAUAUAUCAAACAUAUGUUUAAUACUUGCAGAAUUUAGGAUUUUGAAGGAAAUACAGGCAUUUCAGAAACAGAAAAUUGAUUGAAUUUUUGUUUCAAAGACAGUAAGGUUUUUCUAAUGAAUUUUGUACAUAGGAAGUGCAUAUUCAAGCCUGUUUUCAACACGUUAUGCCUGGAAAGAGUUGGUUCCUGGUAGUCAUUGAGUUCCUAUUAAGUAAUGUACAUAUAUGUUUGUCUGUCAAUUCACAUGAUUGUAAUAAGGCAAGCUGCUCACAGCGCCUUGACUAGUGAUCUGGAAAUUACUUCAUUGAUUUGUUGAUUUUAAUACGUAUAAUCAAGUGAAGUAUUAAGUUGGGUGUAUUUUUUCUGAUCACGGACUGACGUGGUGCAUAUUGCAUGUUGGUAGGUCAAUGGUAGAUUAUAUAGUGCUACCCAUCUUCGUCACUUGGACCGACUGCAAGAUUGUUUUAUGGUUUUUGUUUUUGAUUUUAGAAUUUUUUGUUUUGUUUUAUAGGAAAUCUUAUAAGUGAAGUUGCCAUUUUUUGAUAAUUAUUUUUUAAAGCAAAUAAUGGAUUGGUUUUUAUAUUGUAUAAAUGACAUGAUAAUGAUUGUGUGUAAAUAAUUCCCAUUGUUUAUUUGUUACUUUUUGACUUGAGUUAUUGCUCAUUGAAAAAGAAAUGACCCCAAAAGCAAUAUUUUGACUGUGAACAAAUAAGUUCAUUAUUAAUAACGGCACUGCCUCUCAAAAGCUCAAAGUUGGCCCAAAUAAGCACGCAAGAACUUGCACAGAAGGAAGUAAACGAUGUCUUUAAAUGAAGCUACUGCACCUGUACUUUACUUUUACACUUGCUCUUCCACAUGUGGACAAUUUCGUUGGCUCCACAAAAGCCACAGCCAUGUCCAAAUGUCUUCUUUGGGGCUACUGUCGAGGUCUUGGGCCAUUAUCAUUGCAACAUCCUGACAAUAGACGUAGCCCUAGCUCUGGAUGCCUAGAUGUUGAAAUGUGUCAUUAUUAAUGUUUUCUCACGCUGUCACACAUUGCAGACACCAUUGUACGCUGUACACUGUUGUAGCUAUGAAGUACCACAACAUACAUGGGUGCAGUGUACAACAUGCAUUGGGUAUGUUAAGGUAUAAGAUUGGGUUUUUUAUUUGUAAAGUUCUUGCCUUCAAAACGACUUAAGAUGUUACUUCAUUGGCUUCCUGUCGAACAACGGCUCGCCUACAAGGUCCUCAUCACAUACCGGGCUUUGAAGUUCUCCUCACCACGAUACAUCUCAUCUUUGCUCAACUUCCACAAACCAUCUCGCUCUGGUCUUCGUUCCUCUAAAGCCUCUUAUCUCCUUGUCCCUAAAACUAAACGAUCAUGGGGAGAUAGAGCAUUUAUGUCAGCAGCUCCCCGGCUGUGGAACAGACUACCGGACUCGGUGAAGGAUUGUGAGACUGUGAAUGACUUUAAGAGAAAACUAAAAACACACAUCUGGACAAAUACUCUUUCUUAAAGAUGAACUUGUUGCAUCUGCACUGUCAGACUGUGUAUCUUAUCAUGAACAUUUAAUUGUGAGCGCCUUGAGCACUCUUUCUGAGUGGAUAUGUUGCGCGUUAUAAAUGUCUACAUUAUUAUUAUUAUUUGACAUACAUGUACAUGCAAAAUGCAUCAUCAUAACGUUGCCCCCUAUCAUCCUGUUUUCAUGUUUUAUUUGACUAGAUGCUAGGAGUGCAUGCUGUGUGUUUGGGUUCAAAUAUUGUCAUACCCAUGAUAAUAUAUCUUGAGACUUGCGUAGUUCAGUGUUUUAUUUACAACCUGCAAAAUUGCCUCCUAUAAUAUCAAAUAUAUUUGCACGCGCCUUGAAUAUCUUUGUUUUGUAAACUCACUGCCUCUUUGUAAAAUAUUGAAUCCUUUUAGUUAAAUUUGUAGCCAGGUAUUAUAUAUUUUUGAUAAUCUUAAAAAUAAGCUUCGUAAUAAUGGUGAUUUUUUUAUGUAUAAUUCUAUAAGUUUUAAUGGUACUAGAGGCAGACUAUUAUGUUUAUGUAAUGCUUGCUUAUUGCUACUUGAGAUCUAAAAUUGAAUCCAAAUAAUGCAUGAUAAAAAUAUCCGACAAUUCGUGCCACAGCCUCAAUAUGAAAUCAGUUUUCAACAAUACAGUAAUCGCAUUGAUGAUCGUUUCUGUGGUUUAGAUUUCAUUGCAUUCUAUAUUUGUUUUGUUGAGAUAUGCAUGAAUUGUAGAAUGUUCAACUUCUUUUUAUCUCCUGUAUACAAAUGUACAUGCAUGCACUCUUAUAGGUGUUUUGUGCAGUACAGCUAUUAACUAAGGUUUGGGUAGAUGUUUGUUUCGUUUUAAACUUAUAAUUAUUUUACAAUGAUCUAAGAUGUAUUAAUUUGAAUGUUUUGCAGUCCAGUUCAGUGCCUAGUUAAGAAUUAGAGUAUUUUUUUUACAUAAAGGGGCAAUUGGUUCCAUUUUUAUGCGUUUCAUGGGGUCUUUUCUACUUCUAUGGCCAGUUUCAACUUGCAAAUAAUUUACAUUGAACAAUCUUUUUCUUCAUUCGAGUUACAGCUGUUCAACAUGUACAUGUAUUCUAUUCAUUAGAGCCUUGUAUUUUGGAGUUAAUGUUUUUGCUUAAAGUGUAACUUAUUUUGAAAGGUAUUAAACUGUUGUAUUAAAAUAAGGGACCAUUUUUUAUUAGCACAGCAUGCCGUGUAUGGGGGUCAUGUCAAGAAAUUCUCCUUUUUUGUAACCAAUAUUCUCAUUGCACUCUGUGAAAUGGUUUCACCAUCUGUCAACUCAUAAAAGGCAUAUUUUUAGAUCAGGAAAACCUGCAUGGUUUUAAAUGUUACUCCACUGCGACUAUUGAUCCAAACAGGCGAUUAUGCAGAUUUUGUUUCAAGAACUUCAGUCAUUCACUAAAUUAACGCAGGAUGUUUUGUGUGGUUAGUUGACAUUUGGUAAGAGUUAACAUUUGGAUUGCGUGUGAAAAUUCACGACUGAUUGAAGUGUGACUGGGUUUGUCAUUAAGUCAGUUAUUUGCAUAACUGUAAUACCAUUGUAUGUUUUUGUAUUAAUGGAAUGGAAUAUUGAAUCUUUACCAACAGUACAAAUGAAUGUUCAUCUUUGCACAACAGAACUAGUACCAUAUUUGUAAUAUCAAUUGUGCACACUACAAUACAUGUACGUCUUUAUUUUUGCUUGGAAAGGGAGUCUUAUAAGUACUAUCAAUCUGAUCAUUUUAAGGUUAAAAUUAAAUAGUUGGGGUUGACCACUGUUCAAAUGUUAAAGGGUAAUGUAUUUUGUACAAAGAAUUAACAUAAAUGGUGAAUGUACUAAUUACGCAAAUAGUUUCUUAUACAAUGUAUAUAGUUCUGCCGAUUAGAGUCAGUUUUGCAUACCGUUUUACUGUUACGUUUAAGCCACCAGUUGCUUUGAGUUGAGAAUAAAACAUAGGUCAUUUAAACAUUAA